CAAAAGCAACUAUCUAAUCUUAGAAUUUUCCACGUUGAUGCAAAUAUUUAGCGUGUGGCUCACCUCUUCACGUUUUUUUUUUUUUCUUUAAGCAGAAAAUUUUUUUUAUCAGAAUAAUUUUUAUUUAUCAUAAUACGUUUUUAUCAUUUUUAUUGAUAGUUGUUUGAUAAUUGUGGAUCAUGUCUAACUUUGACGACUUCUUAAAGAAACAACAGCUGAGCUUGAACAAGCCCAAAGGGUUUGGUUACAAGAAUGCUAAUGGGAACCCAAAUCAACAAUUCAAUAAUAAUCAAAACUCCAAUAAUAGAUAUAACAAUAACUAUAGAGGUAAUAACUUACAACAAAGUUCUUCACUUAAUAGUCCUAAUGAUUCCUUACCAACCAGUGGUAUUGCUACUCCAAAUUCAGCAGAUCAUAAUGCUUCCACUACUUCUUUAACUUCUCUUAAUACUGCCUUAAGUAAAUUAAACGUGGCUAGUGGUCCAUUCCAAGAUAAUUUGAUCAAUAUAGAAAGAGCUACUAAAAUUGGUGAAAUUAGACCAGAAGUCGAGGCUAUUGUUGAUGCUGUUGCUAAUGAAUCAUCUUUAGAUGUCAUUAAUGAAUGGAAAUUAUUAGACAUAAUCAAAUCAUUAAUUAAACCAAAGAAUUCUGCUUUGAUUAGAGAAUCAGGUUUGCUUAUAAUUCAACAAUUAGCUACCAGAUUUGGUGGUCAAACUCCAAAGGAAUCUUAUUUAAUUCAAUUCUUCUCCAUUGCUUAUGAUAUGGUGGCUGAUAAAGAUAGAAAUAUCGUUAAAGCUGCUAAAUCUGCUACUGAUACUUUAUAUGGUAUUUAUCCAGUUGAAGCUUUAGGUUCAAUUAUUCUUAAUGAAUUUUUAAGAUAUUUAGCUUCGUCAGCUAAAUGGAAUUCAAAAAUCGCUGCUUUAACUACUUUUGAUAGAUUAAUUGAAGAAGUUCCAGCUGAUUUAUUAGAAUUAACCUUCGUUAGAACUGUUCCAGUUUUAACUGAUUUAGCUACUGAUUUCAAACCAGAAUUAGCCAAACAUGGUUUAGCUACUUUAAAGGCUUUUGUUAAAGUUUUGGAUAAUUUAGAUUUACAAAACAAAUAUGAUUUAAUUGUCGAAACAUUAGCUGAUCCAACUAAAGUUCCAGACUGUAUCAAAAGUUUAUCAUCUGUUACAUUCGUGGCUGAAGUUACUGAACCUGCUUUAUCUUUAUUAGUUCCAAUUUUAGAUAAAUCAUUAAAAAUGUCAUCUUCAUCAAAUGAACAAUUAAGACAAACUGUUACUGUUACUGAAAAUUUAACCAGAUUAGUUAACAAUAAAAGAGAAAUUGAAUCUUUUAUUCCAAUCUUAUUACCUGGUGUUGAUAAAGUCGUUAAUAAUGCUUCAUUACCUGAAGUUAGAUUUUUAGCCGGUAAAGCCCAACAUGUUUUACAAGAAGCUGAAAAUGAACACUCUGAUGGUAAAUUCCAUGGUAGAUUAACUUUAGAACAAUCUAAAGAAUUCUUUUAUAUUGCUAAUUACCCAACCAUUGUUCAAAGUUUAAACCUUGAUAAUGAAAUUGAAGGUAAUUAUUUAUCUUAUAUUUUACAAGCUGAUGCUCAUGUUAAUGAUUGGAAACGUUUAGAAGAAUAUUUGAACAUGCUUGUUGUUGUUUCUGACUCCAUUACUGAAGAAGAAAAAGCUCAAUAUAUUAAACAAUUUAUUCAAAAUAUUAGAAAAUUAUAUGAUCCAGAAGUUAAAUCCAAUGAAAAUGAUGAUGGAUCUAUUGAAAUCGUUAAUGCUGAUUUCUCAUUAGCUUAUGGUUCUCGUAUGUUAUUAAACAAAACCAAUUUAAGAUUAGUUAAAGGUCACAGAUAUGGUUUAUGUGGUAGAAAUGGUGCUGGUAAAUCUACUUUAAUGAGAGCCAUUUCUAAAGGUCAAUUAGAAGGUUUCCCAAGUGCUGAUGAAUUAAAAACUUGUUUCGUUGAACAUAAAUUACAAGGUUCUGAAGCUGAUUUAAGUUUAGUUGAUUUCAUUGCUUCUGAUCCAGAAUUAGAAGGUGUUGGAAAAGCUGCCAUUCAAGAAGCUUUAUUACAAGUUGAAUUCACUCAAGAAAGAUUAGAACAAAAUGUUGGAUCUUUAUCAGGGGGUUGGAAAAUGAAAUUAGAAUUAGCCAGAGCUAUGUUAAUGAAAGCUGAUGUGUUGUUAUUAGAUGAACCUACCAAUCAUUUAGAUGUUGGUAAUGUUAAAUGGUUAGAACAAUAUUUAGUUGAAAACACUGAAAUCACUUCAUUGAUUGUUUCCCAUGAUUCCGGUUUCUUAGAUGCUGUUUGUACUGAUAUUAUUCAUUAUGAAAAUAAGAAAUUAGCUUAUUAUAAAGGUAAUUUAUCUGAAUUCGUCAAAGUUAAACCAGAAGGUAAAUCUUAUUAUACUUUAACUGAUUCAUUAGUUCAAAUGCAUUUCCCACCUCCAGGUAUUUUAACUGGGGUUAAAUCAAGUACUCGUGCUGUUGCUCGUAUGUCUCAUGUUACAUUUGCUUAUCCAGGAGCUGCCAAGCCAUCCUUAAAUGAUGUUUCAUGUUCAUUAUCCUUAUCUUCAAGAGUUGCUAUUGUUGGUCCAAAUGGGGCUGGUAAAUCCACUUUAAUUAAAUUAUUAACUGCCGAAUUAGUUCCAAAUGAAGGUAAUGUUGAAAAACAUCCAAAUUUAAGAAUUGGUUAUAUUGCUCAACAUGCUUUACAACAUGUUGAACAACAUAAAGAAAAGACUGCUAAUCAAUAUUUACAAUGGCGUUAUAAAUUCGGGGAUGAUAGAGAAGUGUUAUUAAAAGAUUCUCGUAAGAUUUCCGAAGAUGAAAGGGAACAAAUGGAAAAACAAAUUGAUGUUGAAGAUGGUAGAGGUCCAAGAGCCAUUGAAGCUAUUGUUGGUAGACAAAAAUUAAAGAAAUCAUUCCAAUAUGAAAUUAAAUGGAAACAUUGGUUACCAAGAUAUAAUUCUUGGGUCCCAAGAGAAGUUUUAGUCAGUUAUGGAUUUGAUAAAUUAGUUCAAAAAUUCGAUGAUCAUGAAGCAUCAAGAGAAGGGUUAGGUUAUAGAGAAUUAACACCAUCUGUGAUUAGAAAGCAUUUUGAAGAUGUUGGUUUAGAUGGUGAUAUUGCUGAUCAUACUCCAAUGGGUUCAUUAUCAGGAGGUCAAUUAGUUAAAGUUGUUAUUGCUGGUGCCAUGUGGAAUAAUCCUCAUUUAUUAGUGUUAGAUGAACCUACCAAUUAUUUAGAUCGUGAUUCUUUAGGUGGUUUGGCUAUGGCUAUUAGAGAAUGGACUGGUGGUGUGGUUAUGAUUUCACAUAAUAAUGAAUUCGUAGGUGCAUUAUGUCCUGAACAAUGGCAUGUUGAAAAUGGUGAAGUGGUUCAAAAGGGUACUGUUGAUGUUGAUAAUUCUAGAUUUGAAGAUCAAGGUGGUGAUUCUACUGAUGGAUCAGCUGUUCCAUCUCGUUCAUCUACUCCAGUUCCAGCUAAGAGAGCUGAUGAUGAUGAUUCACCGGCUAAUAUUAAGGUUAGAAUUAGAAAGAAGAAAAUGACUAGAAAUGAUAAGAAACUUCAACAAGAAAGAAGAAGAUUACGUCAUAUCGAAUGGUUAAGUUCUCCAAAGGGUACUCCAAAACCAAAUGAUACUGAUGAUGAAGAUGAAUAGACUUCUUAGUUUGGUUUUUAUAUACAUUUUAUAUCUAUCAUUAUAUCUCUCUCUGUAUAUUAGGUAAAAUAAAACAUAAUAAUU